UAUUCCAGAGAUCUAGAUCUAGAUCUAAUUAAAAGUAAAAGGAAAAUGUGUAAAACGAAAGAAGUUUUUGAACGUCUCCCUUCAAAUGUUGUUCCAACAUUGUAUAGAGUCACACUACAGCCUGACUUGCAGUUGUUUACUUUUAAAGGCUCUGAAGAAAUUGCUAUUACAGUCAAGAGUGCAACUAACAAGAUUGUGUUGAAUAUAUUUGACAUUAUAGUGCAUAAAGCUCAUUUAAUUGGUGCAGUUGAUAACACAGCAAGCAUUCAUCACAACCACAAAGAUGAGAAGGUGGAGCUUGUUUUCCAGCAAGAACUUAGUCCUGGUGAGUACUGUUUACAACUUGAGUUCACUGGGAAUUUAAACGAUCAACUCCGAGGGUUCUACAGAAACAAAUACACCACAUCUGAAGGAGAGAUACGCUAUGCUGCUGGUACACAUUUUGAGGCCACUGGAGCAAGAAGAGCCUACCCAUGUUGGGACGAGCCAGCCAUCAAAGCUGUAUUUAUUUUCACACUAGUUGUUCCAGUAGACAGAGUAGCUUUUUCAAAUAUGCCUGUUGAAAACGAGAAAGUUUCACCAGAGAACAGCGGCCUGAAAAUAGUCACCUUUCAACCAACCCCUAUCAUGUCAACAUACCUAACAGCCUUUGUAGUGGGGGAGUAUGAUUUUGUCGAGGACGUGACAUCCAAUGGAAUCCCUGUCAGGGUCUACACACCCUCUGGGAGGAAGGAGCACGGCAGGUUUGCGCUUGAGAUUGCCACCAAAGCUCUGUCCUAUUACGAGUGGUAUUUUGAUAUCCCGUACGGCCUUCCAAAGUUAGAUCUUAUCACACUCCCGGAGUUUGCGAUUGGAGCCAUGGAGAAUUGGGGUUUGAUCACCUACAGGGAGACAGCACUGCUCGUUAACCCUAACGACUCCUCUGCCUCAUCAAGACAGUAUGUAGCCUUGGUUGUUGCCCAUGAACUUUCUCAUAACUGGUUUGGGAAUCUGGUGACCAUGGAGUGGUGGACAGACCUGUGGUUGAAAGAAGGUUUUGCCACCUGGAUUGAAUACCUGUGUGUUGACCACCUUCACCCAGAGUUUGACAUUUGGCUGCAGUUUAUCAAAAUUGAUCAGUGUCGGGCUUUAGAGCUAGAUGCACUUAGCAACAGUCAUGCUGUAGAGGUGCAGGUAGGUCAUCCAGGUGAAAUUGAUGAAAUAUUUGAUGAAAUCUCCUAUUGCAAAGGAGCUUGCCUUAUUAGGAUGCUGCAGUCUUUCAUUGGUGAUGAGGCCUUUCGUAAGGGCAUGAAGCUGUACCUAAACAAACACAAGUUUGGCAACACUAGAACCAAGGACAUGUGGGAUGCCUUGUCUGAGUCCAGUGGUAUGGACAUUAGCCGGAUCAUGGACACCUGGACCAAACAGAUGGGAUUCCCAUUAAUUAAGGUAGAAGAAGUGAUUGUUCCUAAUUCAGACAUCAGGCAAGUUAUUCUGUCACAAGAAAAAUUUUGCUCUCGAGGAAGAUCAGAUAGCGGAGCCUCACAACAGAGAUGGAUAGUGCCAUUUUCUAUAACAACUGCCCACAGUCCAACAAAGCCAGCAGUGAAGGGUCUAUUAGAGGGAGAUAGUUUAACCAUAGACGUACCUCACUGUAAGCCAGAUGACUGGAUCAAGGUUAAUAGUGGUCAGUACAUGUUCUACCAUGUCCAGUACCAGUUCAGUACCCUGAAUCGCCUGAUGCCAGCUGUCAAGCAAAACAUUAUCUCCCCUGAAGAUAAGAUCGGACUUCUAACAGAUUUGUUUGCCCUGUGUAAAUCUAAUUACAUGGAAACUGUUGAUGUCCUGAAACUGACAGAGAGCUUCAGGGAGGAGCAGGACAGCGCUGUCUGCGGGAAACUGGCGCUGGGGCUGUCCGGGCUCCGGCCACUGGUACAGCAGAUUACCCUGGGUCAGGAGAAGUGUUUUAAGGCCUUGAUGUGUCGAACCUUUGAGAGGAUUGGGGAGAACUUAAGCUGGGAGGCAUCCGAUCUUGAGAGCCAUUCAUUCAAACUGAUGAGGGAGCAAGUCUUGCUGAUCUUGGGUCGCUAUGGCAACAAGAAAACAGUGACCGAAGCCUUUAAAAGAUUUGAGGACCAUUGUACUGGAAGCCGUUGCCUUGAUGCUGACCUAAAAACUCCAGUUUAUGCCACAGUUUUAGCUAAUGGAGACAAACAAGUGUUUGACAAGCUGCUUGAGAUAUAUAACAAAGAGGAGUCCUUGGUUGAGAAGAACCGCAUAGCCAGGAUGCUAGGCUCAGUGUUGGAUGAGUCUUUGAUCUCACAGGUUCUAGAGUUUGCUUUAUCUGACAAAGUAAGGAUCCAGGAUAGUAUAGAGGUGCUAAGGGGAGCUACUGGCUCCAUUAAAGGGAGAGAACGUGUAUGGGAGUUUGUUCAACAAAAUUGGCAAGAGUUAUAUCAGCGCUAUGGAACAAGUACAAUGCUGUCUAGAUUAGUGAGAGUUGUGACGGAUGGUGUGUGCUGUACCAGGAAAAAAAAUGAAAUUGAGAAGUUUUUUGAAACCCACAAAGCGGAAAGUGCCCAAAGGUCUGUUCAACAAGGACUGGAACACAUAUCCACGAACAUUGCUUUUGUUAAUCAGCAAGGACCUGCCUUGUUAGAAUAUCUAAACAAUCUACAAUAAUGCCAUUAGAGAAGUUUUAUUUUAAUAAUAUUUUUAAGUCUAAAAUAAUGUGAUUAUGGAGGCAUUGUUAGAAUAUUUAACAAUACAUAAUAAUGUGAUUAUAAAACCAUUGUUAGAAUAUUUAAACAUUUCACAAUAAUGUGAUUAGAGAAGUUUUUUUAAUAUCUUUAAGUCUAAAAUAAUGUGAUUAUAGAGGCAUUGUUAGAAUAUUUAACAAUACAUAAUAAUGUGAUUAUAAAACCAUUGUUAGGAUAUUUAAAGUCAACAAAUAUGUGAUUAUAGAAGCAUUGCUAGUAUAUUAAAAUAUGUUCAAUAUUGUGAUAUAGAAGCUUUGUUGAAAUAUUUAAUUCUAAAUAGUCCACAAGAAGAAUGUGAUUAUUGAAGUACUUACUUAAUCAUUGCUGUGCUUAACUGUUGUUUUUUCUACUUAAUUUUUUUAUACUAAAUAAAUCUGCCCUUGGGGUA